CAUCCGCUCCCCGUUGCGUGCCGCGGUGCGUUUCGCUGCGGUACGUUGCGUUGCGUUACGCCUUGAACGUUCAUCUCGACGCAUCGCGUAUCGGGCUACUCCCUCGUGAACAUGCGCUCAUCGAACCACGCAACAAGUACUCACGAUCCGCGUCCGGCGCAUUCUCGUCUUGCUUUAACAGUUAGGUAGACGCCGAUCGAAUCGACCAUACAAAUUGCGCGCGUCUUCAAUUCGGCCGAUGAAACCAGCGGUUUUUACGUUUUUAAGACCUCGAAUAGCCCCGGUAUAUCCCUUUCCCUCAAAACUUAUGCUCCCGCGAAAAUUUCUCAUAUUAAGAAAAAAAAUGUGCUGGGGAAAAUCGGAUGGCCUAAGAGUAGCCUUGACGUCGACGUAACGAUAGUUUCAUUUUUCCAAAUGAAAAACUUGGUCAUUUCCAAGGUGUAUAAAGAAACGCAUAGAUUGAUAAGAAUAUCUCUGGACACGGAAAAAUAGGAAGUUGGAAAAAUCAGGCCGAUAUUUGCAAGAAUGAAAAGAGGGAUCAGCGAACGUUUCUCGAGAGCAAGCGAAUUCUUUAGGACUAUAUUUUCGAAAGAAACGAAAGCCAGUAAAUAAUUAAGCAGAAAAGGAAGGAAAGGUAGCAAUGAAGCUCGUUACUUACAGCAUCCUGGUUGUUAUGUCACGUCGUAGGGUACAUGCCUAGGCCCAAGAACCUGGGACGUGGCAAGGGUGGGGGCUUGAUGGUUAAGGAGAAGAAGAAGAAGACUUGGAAGUGAGCCUCUUUGUCGCUGGAUGCACCAGAAGGAUGCACCAUGAUCCCGCAGAACCUUCACCUACCCCACUCGGCACUCGGUCCACUCACAAUCCGCCAAGUCACCCUACUCGGCAUUGCCACCACACCACACCGUAUACCAUAACCACCAUAGUAAAAGGGAUCUCGUCGCACUUACUACCGCGGUAUAGUCGGCCUUUGAGUCUCCGAGUCGUUUCCGUGUUUUCUUCCUGCCGAACCGGACGCGUUGGUGAACUUCAGCCCGAAUGGGAUCGCACCGCAGCACCCAGUUACAUCAUACCGCAUGGGUUCACAUGCGGUAAUAUUUGCUAUGAUCAUCGCCCGGCAAACUCAGUUGUGAAAUUAGUUACCUGGCAAGAAAACACCAUGGAAACAGCUGCGUUAUAUCCUCCAUGGGUGAAAAAUUUCAAGACGUGGAAUCCGUCAAGGUGCCAAGAGAAGAGCAUGUAGGGAAGAGGAGGGUUGGAUACAAAUUCUCGUUCUGAGUACCGCUCUUUGCGAAUGGUACACGUAUUCCAAGGAACCAGAGGAACUGUUACAAUAACACGAACUUGUUGUUUCGCGAAGCUUAUGAAUGUUCGUUAAUUGUGUAAUUCUGGACAGAAAUGAGGACACCCACUGUGAUCUGUGUUUCCUCUGUUUUGUUGGUAAUUAUUUCGACCGUUAUUGGUGGAGACUACCAGAUACACAAUAAAGGCCCCGAUAGCAAGACCACAGACACAUCAGUCGAAUAUUCCGGCCAAUCACAGAACGCGAAAUUGUUAUCCAUAAAAUCGAACGAUCCCGGGAAUACGUCAGGUGUAAUAAUCGAAGCAAGAAGAAAACGCAAGUUUGCGGUGAACUGGGAUCUGCAGGGAACGAAAAAUCGACCAGAGGUGGAUCAACGAAAGCGGAAAAAGAAACGUGAACGAGAUGGGGGAUGGAAGCGAACGGGAAAAGACGGGGAGAGAAAAAGGGGAAGAAAAAGAGAGCCGCUAAGGAGGCUGCAGGCGAGGAAACCGCAGCGCGGGAUAGGCCGAAGGCCGGCCAAGGGGCAUCCCCGUCAACGCGAUCACCACGAGCGUAGGAACCUGGAGAAAGAGUACCUCGUGAGAAAUCGCACCCUUGAACUGCUGGACAUGGAAGCGGCGGCGCCGAUUGGCGACCGAUCAUCCUUCGCGUAUCCGGUUAACAACGUCCGAGGUGUUCUCUUUGGUCGGCGAGUAACGCCGGAUAAGAUUGGCGAAAUUUUAGGUGAGGUGAGAGAGACGCCGAUCACUCGACUCAGGAUAGCUGAUAUCAUGAUACCGAAGAGAGAAGUGAAGCCGGACGAACCGGACGAACCGCGGUGCAAUUGCAGCGGCAAAGUGGCUACAGUGGCUAGAGAGCCGCCGCUUUUCCUGGGAAAGCUAAAGUCCGUUGCAACGAACGUGUCGAGGAUCAAAGAUACGAUCCUGAGGCCGAAGAGCGAGAAUAACUCGACGGUUCGUACGGACUCCGGGGUAAAUAGUUACCACUUAUACGAUUACGAAAACGUGUUCGAAGACCCGAGCGUUUCACCAUGGGUGAACCCUGCACCUGCCGCCUCCAAGGAAUCCACCGGCGUGGAAAACAGUCGGGAUGAAGACUCAUUGGACAGGACUACCGUGAUAUCGUCAGUCUACAUGCCGAUCGACGAUAGAUUCACUCUUCAUCAAGGUGUCGCCGCACUGUUGGCCAGGCUGUUUCAAACCUUGCGAAACGGGACGGGAGAUGAUAAUGAUCAGGAACUCCUUCAAGACCUCGAUUUCGAUAACUCCGUUCAGGGAGAUCUCUGCCAAAAGUGGCUUGACAGUAAGGAUACCCUGGAAGAAGCGUUCUUGGGACCCCUCGUGUUGCCAGCCUGUCCCUGUCACUAUCCCAGCAGUAUUUUUUACGACGAUAAGAUUUGGGACCAGGGACAAGAGAGGUACUUCCGCUGGCGAGAUGUCAGCGGCGAAGCGGAAAGACUCGACGUCUACAAGCCUGGAGCAACCUACUGCAUCCGGUCCUUGUUGGUGCAAGGUGGAGGCAGCGCAGCCGCCCAGCACUGCUGCUACGAUGGGAAAAGGAGACUUUUGACCAGAGGUUCCGGUGCUGGAACUCCAAACCUCGUCAGCCCCGAAGUAUCCGGUGUUUUGCACGAGAGAAUCGAUAUCCUUCCUUGGAGGCUUUGCAAGGGAGAUUUCUCUAGAUUCAACAAAGUGCGACCACCCAACAAUGACAACCAAUGCAAGGGUAACCCGGAUGAAGAAGAAUAUCAACGACAAAUCAAUGAAACGAAACAUUACUGAAGUACAAUACGAACCAAACAUCUGCAUAUACAAUAAUGUAGCUUUAACUCGAAACAAUUAAGAAUACUAGUGAUGUAUUAAAUUAUUACAUGUUUUAAUGUAUCUGGCACAUCCAGUGUUAAAAACCUUCAACAGUGUAAUAAUUUUUAAGUGUAUUUAUGUGUAGUUUUAUGCAAGUUCGUGUAGAGGUUAAAAAAAAUGUAUACAUCCUUGUGCACUUUUCCUUUUUCACCAGUCGGUGAAAAUGUAACGCAGGUGAGUGUGCACAAGGGAUGAUAUUUAAAAUA